AUGUCAUCGUCGGUGGGCGCGGCCGAUGAAGAGGAGGAGGAAGAGGGUGGAGACUGCUCCGUGUUCGAGAACAAGACGGGGCUAGCUGAAGACCUCAAGUUCCUGGCCUCAAUGCCGGAGCUCUGUGACGUCACCUUCCUGGUCGGGGACACCAGAGAGCCAGUCUGCGCCGUCAAAGCCGUCCUUGCCGCCAGAAGCAGGGUGUUCCACAAAAUCCUGUACGGAGCGCAGCAGCAGACGCCCGCCAGGCCAGAGACCUCGACCCCCAAGUCAAAACGCGAGUCCACGCGAGAGACCAAGCUCAAGAUGUUCCUCAAGAGGAGCUCCGAACCCAUUCUCAACAUCCCUUUUCAGCAGAUUCCAGGACCCGGGGUGGGUCACCAGACUCUGAUCGUAGAGGAAUUCGAACCGGAUGUCUUCCGGCAGCUCAUCGAGUACAUCCACACCGGUUGUGUUACCCUACAGGCCAGGACCUUGCUCGGUUUGAUGAACGCAGCUGACUACUACGGCCUGGAAGAGCUGCGCAAGGCGUGUCUGGGAUUUGUGCAGGCCUGCAUCAACGUGGACACGGUGUGUGCUUUACUCGCCUCCGCAGAGAAGUACAUCCAGUACAAAUGCACAAAGUCUCUCGUUCAGAAGGUUCUGGAGUUCGUGGAUUCGCACGGCGACGCGGUCUUGGGCCUGGGGUCGUUCGCUCUGCUGCCUGAGCACGUGGUGCGACUGAUCCUGUCCAGGGAGGAGCUGAGAGCCGACGAGCUCAGCAAGUUCCAGGCGGCUGCGCACUGGAGUCGCCGCUUCUGCGAUGCGGAGCCCGGGGCAGACCUCAGAGAGACCAUGGCCUCCUUCCUUGAGUGCAUCGAGUUCUACAAAAUCCCGGCGUCCACGCUGAUGCGGGAGGUGUAUCCUCUAGGAGUGGUUCCGGACAACAUCAUCAUGAACGCUCUCGCUUACCAAGCCGAUCCCUCGAGUGUUGACUUCCGGAAAGUCGGCUCUCCAAACCGAUUCCGGAGGAUGUCACUAGUGACUCUGCCCUCUCAAGAGACUGGCCCCGCCUCACUGCUUGGCCUGCCAUCGGACUCGAAUCCGCCCAUACCAGAGGGGAUUAAGUCAGAAGUCCCAAUGACACAAGCACUUGACUUAUUCCGUAAGAUGAAGGAACCACUUCGUGAUAUUCGCUUCAGAACUGUUUCAGAGACCCUUGCGGCAGCAGAUCCUCCCCAUUUGAACUAUUAA